AGCCCCGCGGCGGGGCGGCUGCGGGCGCGUCGCAGCAGCGGCGGCGGCUCCCCGGGGGCCGCCGGCCGCGUUUAUUUUUUAAUUUUUUUUCUUUUUUUUUUUUUUUUUUUUCUUCGGCGUUUUCGUUUUCCCCGAGCAGCGUGGGGGCGGGAGGAGAGGGCUGGGGGACGUGUGGGAGCUGCCUUCUGCGCCAAGGUGCAGCCCGGCGGCGGCGGGAGGAUGCGAGCCGAGGGCGGCCGGGCGGCGGAGCAGCAGCAGCAGCAGCAGCAGCAACACCAGCAGCAGCAGCAGGAGCAGCAGCAGCAGCAGCAGCAGCUACCUGUGUGGCCCGGGCGGCCGCUGCCGGGACCUGCCGGAGACAUCGCCAUGUGAAGGGGCAGACCCCGGGCCGGCUCUCCACCCCGCCUCGCUCAAUGGGAGAUCUAACUGGCCUCACCCAGACAAUGCUCCCAAAGACUGUAUGAUAAUUUCUGGCAGCCGCAAGAGGAGGCACAUCGGGGUCCGUGCAGCAGAGGAACAGGACCGGGGGGCCGAGAACUUCCUCCUGCCCACGUGGCAGGGCUACCAGGUGCGUGGCAGACCCGCAGCGCGAGCCAAGUGCUAGCCUUCAGAAAGCCAGCAGGGACGGAGGGCCGCCCCAAGGCACCCCGGGCACGGGAGGAAGAGGAGCAGCGGCAGCAUGGAUAAGGACAGCACAAACCUGGCUGACCAGCAGUAUGAGUGUGUGGCUGAGAUCGGCGAAGGAGCCUACGGGAAGGUGUUCAAAGCCCGGGACUUGAAGAACGGAGGCCGCUUCGUGGCGCUGAAGCGGGUGCGGGUGCAGACCAGCGAGGAGGGGAUGCCGCUGUCCACCAUCCGAGAGGUGGCAGUUCUGAGGCACCUGGAGACGUUCGAGCACCCCAACGUGGUCAGAUUGUUUGAUGUGUGCACCGUGUCACGAACAGACAGAGAGACCAAGUUAACAUUGGUGUUUGAACACGUGGACCAAGACUUGACUACUUACUUGGAUAAAGUUCCAGAGCCUGGAGUGCCUACUGAAACUAUAAAGGAUAUGAUGCUUCAGCUGUUUCGGGGACUGGAUUUUCUGCAUUCACAUCGUGUGGUGCAUCGGGACCUGAAACCCCAAAAUAUCCUUGUAACCAGCAGCGGGCAGAUAAAGUUAGCUGACUUUGGCCUUGCACGAAUCUACAGUUUUCAGAUGGCUCUUACCUCAGUGGUUGUUACUUUGUGGUACAGAGCGCCUGAAGUUUUGCUUCAGUCCAGCUAUGCAACACCGGUUGAUCUUUGGAGUGUUGGCUGCAUAUUUGCAGAAAUGUUCCGUCGAAAACCACUCUUCCGUGGAAAUUCAGAUGUUGAUCAACUAGGAAAAAUCUUUGAUGUAAUUGGACUCCCAGAAGAAGAGGACUGGCCUAAUGAUGUUGCCCUUCCAAGAAAUGCUUUCGCUUCCAGACCCGCACAACCUAUUGAAAAAUUUGUACCAGAUAUUGAUGAACUGGGCAAAGACUUGCUUCUCAAAUGCUUAGCGUUCAAUCCAGCCAAGAGAAUAUCUGCCUAUGUUGCCCUGUCUCACCCAUAUUUCCACGAUCUGGAGAAAUGCAAGGAGAAUCUGGACUCUCACAUGUCAUCCAGCCAAAACUCCAGUGAGGUGAAUGCAUCAUAAUGCUGACUGAAGAUGAAUCUAUAAAUGAACAAGACAUGUAGCUGACAAGGCCACUGACCCAUAUAAAACACAUAGCUGUUCGAGUGAAGAUCAUUAUUUGGAGGUUUUAAACACCUAUCUUUUAUUUUGGGAUUGUGAUGUGCUUAUCCAAGGAAACCAAUCUAGUUUACUUUCAUCAGAGCGAUGCAAGGAACAGGGUUUUGACCUGCUCCCAUUGCAGCUUUAUGUUUGUUUUGUUUUUGUUUUGUUUGUCUACCUGGGAAAACUCCAGACGAAGAGAAGCUGCUGACCAGUUUUGCUGCCAUUUUAUCAUUUUAAUAUUGAAUGCUGCCAGUGUGGAGUAGGAUGAUCAAGUCACUGCCAAAACAUGAUGCAAUCUCUCUCUCUAGCUGCUGAAGCAUGAUUUGGUACUUUUAUUAUUAUUAUUUUGUGAUCUCUUAAAGUGAUAUUUAAAGGAUGGCAUUGAAAUAUCAGAUCUCUGCAACCUGCAGUUAACUGAUACAUACAUUAAUACAUCCAGUUACUGUGCAUCGUAGAAUAUAUGCAGGUGCUUCCCC